UGGGCAAAGAGGUGAGCACAGAGAGGCCACCAUGCUCAGGUCAGACAAAGACAUGGGCACAUGUAAGAGUAAAGUAAGAGAUACAUGAGAGGACAGGAGACAGGAAUGAGAGAGGUAGAGGUUCAUCUGAGCACUUAACUAACAGUUGCGUUGGAGUUUGAGAAGUAGUCUUAAACAUGGCAGCUAUGAGGCGAUUAGCACUUUUUGUCUGUGUUUUGUUAUUGGUGUCAGGAAGCCCAGGUCUGGCCAGUGAGACUAGUGACACAGAAGACAACUCACCGUCAAGCGAUGAUCAUGGAACCAGCUCCGAUGAUCAUGAAAUCAGCUCGAACUCCACUCACAAUACAACUGGAGACACUGGACAAGAAGACAGUGGCCAUGGGGAUGGACAUGAAGGAGGUCCCAUCACCACGCUGCCCAUCGUGAGCUGGAAAUGGCACCAUGUCACCACCCCAUACCUUGUGGCCAUUUGGAUCCUGGUCGCCUGGAUGUGUAAACUUGUUAUCGAGGCCAACCACCAUGUGACCAGUGUGAUCCCGGAGAGUGCUCUGCUCAUCUGCGUUGGCUUCCUCUUUGGAGGAAUUAUUUGGGGUGCGGACCAAAAGCAGACAUUCAGUCUCACCCCGACGGUUUUCUUUUUCUACCUGCUGCCCCAAAUCAUCCUGGACGCUGGUUACUUUAUGCCAAACAAGCUCUUCUUCAGCAACCUGGGUGGAAUCCUGAUCCACGCUGUCAUCGGGACCUGCUGGAAUGCUGCGAGUGUGGGGCUCUCGCUGUGGGGGUGUCACCAAGGAGGGGCCAUGGGUGACAUAGACAUCGGCCUGCUUCAGUAUCUCCUCUUCGGGAGUCUCAUUGCUGCCGUUGACCCUGUGGCUGUCAUCGCCGUGUUUGAGGAGGUCCACGUCAACGAGGUCCUCUUCAUCAUGGUGUUUGGAGAGUCGCUCCUCAACGACGGUGUGACGGUGGUGCUGUUCAAUGUUUUUGAUGCCUUUGUGUCACUGGGAGGAGAAAAAAUUAAUGCAGUGGAAAUCAUCAAAGGAAUAAUUUCCUUCUUUGUGGUGGCCUUUGGUGGCUCCCUUGUUGGCUUUGUGUUUGGAUUACUGAUCUCUUUACUCACAAGAUGUACCAAAAACAUCCAAAUCAUUGAGGCUGGCUUCAUCUUUGUCCUGGGAUACCUCUCCUACCUGACUGCCGAGAUGCUCUCCCUGUCUGCCAUCCUCUCGAUCGCCUUCUGCGGAAUUUGUUGCCAGAAGUACAUAAAUGCAAACAUGGAUGAGAAGUCUGUCAUCACUGUCAAAUACGUCAUGAAGGUGUUCGCCAAUGGAUCAGAAACCAUCAUUUUCUUAUUCCUCGGCAUCUCAGCCAUCGAUAAAACAAUCUGGGUGUGGAACACAGGCUUCAUCCUCCUCACUGUGUUCUUUGUCUUCGUCUACAGAUGCAUCGGUGUGUUUUUCCUCACCUGGAUCCAGAACAAGUUCAGGCUGGUUCCCUUGGAGGUAAUGGAUCGGAUAAUUAUGAGCUACGGUGGCCUGCGAGGGGCUGUCGCAUACGGCCUGGCGAUGAUGCUGGACGAGAACAAGAUAAAGGAGAAGAACCUGAUGAUUGGAACAACUCUGAUUGUAGUUUAUUUCACUGUCAUUCUUCAGGGAAUAACAAUGAAACCUCUGGUCACCUGGCUGAAAGUGAAAAGAGCUUCUGCGAAUGAGAUCACACUCAUAGAGAAAGUGCAAAACAAGGUCUUUGAUCACAUGCUUGUUGCCAUUGAAGAUAUAUCUGGACAAAUAGGACACAACUACAUGAGAGACAAGUGGAAACACUUUGAGGAGAAGUGGAUGUCCUGGUUUUUGAUGAAACCGUCAGCGAGGAAGAAACACGACCUUGUCUUUGAUGUUUUCCAUCAGCUGAACCUCAAGGAUGCCAUGAACUACGUGGCUGAGGGUGAACGCAGAGGAUCUCUGGAGUUUAUCCGCAAUGAAACUGCAUUCAUUGACUUCAAGAAAAAGUUUGCCGAUGAAUACUCAGAGGCGAUGCCAGACAUUACUGUUGACAUGUCAGACAGUUAUGCUGCACAUUCAUCAAUGAGGAGAGACACUGUACCAUCAAUAAGUCUGGAAUUGCAUGACCAGAACACAAAUGGUUUAAGGGAAACAGAGGACAUCAACACCCACCAUCUGCUGCAGCAACAUCUGUACAAGGGCCGGAAACAGCAUCGGCACAAGUACAGCCGCAGUCAUUUCACUGUCAACCAAGAUGAAAACGAGGUGCAGGAGAUUUUCCAGAGAACUAUGAGGACUCGCUUGGAGUCCUUCAAGUCCACAAAGAUGGGGGUCGCGCCACCAAAGACCAUCACCAAGCACCCAAAGAAGGACCAGCAGCAGAAGAUGCCAAAUGGAAAAUCCACAGACAAUGAUUUUGAGUUUUCAGGGGACGACGGUGCUUCUGGUUAUGAUCCAUCAGCUGGUUCUUUUCCAAUGAGAGUCACUUACAGACCAGGAGCUGGAAUCGAGAACCCGGUCUUCAUGCCGGACCUGGACCCCAUGGCUCCGAUGCAGAUCCCCCCGUGGCUGGCGGAGGCUGAACUCGACAGCAGCACGGUGGCCCUUUCCCAGAGAGCCCAGACCGGUCUGCCGUGGACCCCCAGCAACUUGCAACGCCUGGCCCCGCUUCGCAUCAGCACCCGCUCCACGGACUCCUUCAUGAUGGCCGACGUCCCAGCCUCACAGCGACAGGACGAGCACCUUCCUCCUCCCCCUCCUCCUCCUCCUCCUUCUGAUGAUGACAGAGGCCACCUGUAACAGACCCCACCACCACCACCACCACCUGCCAAAGACACUAAAUAACCUCAGACUUUGCACUGUCUUCUCUCAGAAUAUUGACUAGGGAAUGUUUUGUUUUCCACGCUGAUGUUUAAUGUUGAUUCUAGACAAAACAUCCACAACCUUUGCGCUCUGGAGAAAACUUCACCCUUCACUGAGCAAAAGACAUCUCAAUCGCUGAAGCCACAGAUCUUGUGUGCACAGUGGCAUGUUAUUUACCAGCACAUGUUGAACAUUAUCACAUCUGCGCUGGUUCAUUGUUAACCAGUAGAAUACAGCAAAGGUUAAUACUUUCUCGUCUUGACUCAUAAAAUCUCUCCACAGUAAUAUAUUAUACUAAUCCUUCCUUUCAUUUCUAUCUUCAUUCCUCCUUUAUCGUUGUUCCCUAAUGUUAGUACCAUCCUAAAUGUGAUGCCAAAACCUCUUUCAGAAGUGGUAGUAUGUAGGUUAUGGUGUUUAUUGGUAUUUUUAGAAGAAUGAAAAAAUAUUGUGUGAUUCAAUGAGGACUGAAAAGAAUCUGAACAAUAAUCUAAUUAUGCUGCCUUGUGCCUCUUCUUAUUUGUUACAAAUUGACCUGAGACUGUUGUCAAGGUCAUUUGUAAAAUGAAAAAACAUAUAUAUUAUACAUAUUUUACUGUUUGUUAUUGUACAGACAUGUCAGUCAGUCUUAAAUCUGUGAAGAAGCUUACAGUUGAAUUUAUUUUAUUUACCUCCAUCAAAGAGCUCAGA